GUUAUGUACGACGUUAUCAAAUCAUAAAUUAUUAGUUAGUGUUACCUAUCAAACUGUCAUACCAUAGUUUUGCUGAAGUGAAACGUCUCAUCUUCUAUUAAUUUGGAUCAUGGCUCAGAGUCAGGCACAGCCUUGUGGUACCUGCAGAAAAGACGUUGUUUACACCGACAAAGGACUUCUUUGCGAAGGAAUGUGCGAGCAGUGGUUCCACACAGGGUGUGUCGCAGUCUCUGAUGAGCGGUACGCAGAAUUACAACUUGAUGGUGAAACAAAAUGGCGGUGCCCGACAUGUGACAAAGAGCCAUUACUGUCACUCUUCAAUGACUUGAAAAGCUUGCAAGCAAGCAUUUACUCCAUCUCCGCCAAGGCUUCCCAUUCCACGAUAGAAAGUAUAUCUAGCGAGCUCAAAGAUUUCGCUUCUCGAAUUUCCCUCAUGAAUAAAUUAUUUUCUGAGAGUAUCAAAGAGACGGGAAAAAAAUGUGUCGAAGAAACAUCAACAUCGCUCGACAAGAGCAAGUUAAAGAAGAAACGAAGUCGAAAAGUCUCCAAGUGCAAAAAAGAAUUGAUUUUAAAAUCGAAAUCCUCUGGAGAAGAGUCUAAUGAUCUAUUGACCGCAUCUUUCGCAACCCAUUUCAUGGCAUCCAACAAUUUCGACGAAUUCAAUAAAUCACCAACUGAUUUCCAGUUCUCAUCGUUGAUUAUUUCUUCCACUCCAGAUGUAUUUGAUGAAUUGGACACUCACAGCAAGGAAGUGCCCUCUCUUGAUUCUCCUUACUUGGUACAGACAAAGUCACCAUCAGAUCGUCAGUCAAAUGGACAGAAAUCUAUGUCUCCAAUUUUGCGAAAUGAACAUAAUUUCAUGCCACAAGGUUUGCCAAAUGAAGAGACCUCUAUGUCACAAAGUUUGCCAAAAGAAGAGACCUCUAGGCCGAAGACACCAAGUUUGCUAAAUGAAGAGACCUUGAGGCCGAAGACACCAAGUUUGCUAAAUGAAGAGACCUUUAGGCUGAAGACACCAAGUUUGCUAAAUGAAGAGACCUUCAGGUCAGCUGGUUUGCCAAAUUUCCAUUCAUCUAUCUCACCGGCUCAUUCAAAUGAACUAACAGCAAAUGAAUAUGUGUCACCAACUCACUCAAAUGAACUGAGAUUGAUGUCUCCUAUAGAUUUAAUUGAACAGUCAUCGUCACCGGCUCAUUCAAAUGAACAGUCACCGUCACCGGCUCAUUCAAUUGAACAGUCAUUGUCACCGGCUCAUUCAAUUGAACGGUCAUUGUCACCGGCUCAUUCAAUUGAACAGUCAUUGUCACCGGCUCAUUCAAUUGAACGGUCAUUGUCACCGGCUCAUUCAAUUGAACAGUCAUUGUCACCGGCUCAUUCAAUUGAACGGUCAUUGUCACCGGCUCAUUUAAUUGAACAGUCAUUGUCACCGGCUCAUUCAAAUGAACAGUCACCGUCACCUGCUCAUUCAAUUGAACAGUCAUUGUCACCGGCUCAUUCAAUUGAACGGUCAUUGUCACCGGCUCAUUCAAUUGAACAGUCAUUGUCACCGGCUCAUUCAAAUGCACAGUCAUUGUCACCGGCUCAUUCAAUUGAACAGUCAUCGUCACCGGCUCAUUCAAAUGCACAGUCAUUGUCACCGGCUCAUUCAAAUGCACAGUCACCAUCACCGGCUCAUUCGAAUCAACAGUCAUUGUCACCGGCUCAUUCAAUUGAACAGUCAUCGUCACCGGCUCAUUCAAAUGCACAGUCACCAUCACCGGCUUAUUCAAAUCCACAGUCACUGUCACCGGCUCAUUCAAAUGCACAUUCAUUGUCACCGGCUCAUUCAAAUGCACAGUCAUUGUCACCGGCUCAUUCAAAUGCACAGUCAUUGUCACCGGCUCAUUCAAAUGCACAGUCAUUGUCACCGGCUCAUUCAAAUAAACAGGCAGCUGUUGCCAUGGAGUAUCAAGUGGAGGACAUUCUCGAUUAUAAGGUCGUAGAUGACGAAACCCUGUUCCUAGUAAAGUGGAGAAACUGCGGAAUGGAGUCCAGUUCAUGGGAGAGCCGUGAAUACUUGGUCAACUGCUCUGAAGCCAUCUACAAAUACUUCAGGCGAUCUUUGGAGAACUUUGAGCGUAGUAGCUUAAACAACCUGCAACAAUAAGCAAGCAUUUUUUUGUAUUUACUUUCCAUCCGAGUGAUGGAAUCCGCUUUAAGCGUACCUUCUGUUCAUGUUCCAGA